GAUACCUGCAUUAAUACCAUUCUGUUUGCAUCGUUACCAUCACCCUCACCCUCAUCAUCAUCAUCAUCAUCAUCGCCAUCAGAAGUCAUGUCUUCACGUUGUCUCCUGCUGGUUCUGCUGGGUCUCGCCUGCCUUCAGUCCUUCACAAUGGCUGAGCAUGUAAAUGGACCAGCUCGAUGCUGUUUCAGUUUCCAGACACAUCGAAUCCCUGUAAAACGCAUUACAGCGUAUGGAAAAACAGAACAUCGGUGUACAAAACCUGGAGUCAUCUUUACUCUAAAGAGCGGGCGUCAGGUGUGUGCAGACCCCAGCGUCGAGUGGGUGCAGAGUCACAUGAAAACAGUUGACCAGCGAUAGAUUACUCCUGUAGGCCCGAACUGACCUUAAAUGAAUAUUUAAAUCCUUUGCCCAUAUAUAUAUAUAU